UCAGAGGGCUGCCGUUUGAAAGAAGAUUUGUGUGACCGGCUUGUGCCGUUCUUCUCACUAAGAGGAUUUAGCUCAGAAACUGUCUGUUUCUGGGCUGCUUUUGCUCCCUAGUCGCAGCCUUAUCGUCCUGGAUCUGAAUCUGGAGGUGGGAGAAGUGGCGUCUGUAAAAAUGAGUUCCGGAGCCGGACUUGACUACAGCACCUGGGACCACAUCUACGUGUCGGACGAUGAAGACGUGACCUGUCCGUUUGUCGACACACCGAGUUUAUACAGAAUGAGACACCGGUCACGGCUGGAAAAAAUGGCAGACUUUCAGCUGAGAGGAGAAGAACUGGAAACUAACCUGGAAAAGUGCAAGAGAAAAUUAGAGGAAGCACAAGGAAGACUUACCGAGUUGGAAAGGGAAAGUAAAGAUGAAGAGGAAGACCGAGAAAGGGAGGCUGAGCUGAAGACUGUUCAGGCUGAGGUGAGGAAACUGAAGAAGGAUGCAAAGAAGUUUGAGGAAAUGAUACAGGAAUACCAGCGAGAAAAAAAAAAACUACCCUGGAAUGUGGACACAAUCAGCAAAGACGGAUUUAGCAAGAGUGUCCUCAAUAUAAAGCCUGAGACAAAGGAAGAAACACAGGAGGAAAAGGUGGAGAAGCACAAGGUGUUUGUGGAAAAGUAUGCUAAAGAAAUCAAACACUUUGGUAUGUUGAAUCGCUGGGAUGACAGUCAGAAGUAUCUGUCAGACAACCCUCAUCUUGUGUGUGAAGAGACGGCCAACGCUCUCGUUGUCAUCUGUAUCGACUUGGAGAUAGACGAGAAACAUGCUUUAAUGGAGCAGGUGGCCCACCAGGCCAUUGUCAUGCAGUUCAUCUUGGAUUUGGCUAGUGCAGUGAAGGCUGACCCCAGAGGAUGCUUCAGACAGUUCUUCUCCAAAAUUAAGACAGCAGACAAGCCAUACCUGGAUGCUUUCCACCAUGAGCUGGAGCUGCUGAAGGAGCGGGUUCGCAGCUGUGCACGGGCUCGUAUGGAGAACGCUAUGAAGGAACUGGAGGAGGAGGAGAGGGAGAAGAGACUGGGUCCAGGUGGUUUAGACCCUGUUGAAGUUUACAGUUCUCUGCCAAAGGACAUACAGAGGAGCUUUGAUGAGAAGAACAUUGAGAUGCUGCAGGAGGCUAUGAGCCGACUGGAUCCUGAGGAAGGAAAAUAUCACCUGAAAAGGUGCAUUGACUCUGGGCUGUGGGUUCCUGACUCUGGAGAGGCUGAUGAUGAAGAGGAAGAUGAUGAAGAGCAUGGGGAUGUGGAGGAUGAAGAAGAUUAAUAAAGCACAUUCUGUGGACAUUUAAGAGACGUGUAGCUGAAUGUGGAAACUCGUAUAUUACCUUGUUACAUUAAUUUAUCAAUGUAUCUUGAUUUGAAAAGAAUAAAUAGUCAUCUAACAAGAACUGUUGUAGAAAAGAUUUAAUGUGAUGCAGUCAUCAUUUUAUACUUUUUUAAUGUGUUUUAUUGCACAUUUCACAAUUUAAACAUGUACACAUGAACACAACUGUUAUCAUAAGAGGCAAACUAUAACCCAUGGUACUGUGUUUUUAAACUGUCUCAUAAUACCAAUGAACAAAAUGAAUGUUUAUCCAGACAGAAAAGUAAAAUGACAAUCAAUUCAACAGUAAAUGAUUUAGAUUAAAAUAAGGAAUGGAGUGAACUAGCUGAACCAGUUGCUGUGUCUGUGUGGGGCCUCUCUAAACUCUGUGUAAUCAUGUGUUAAUAUUAAAAGUUGGUAAUUAUUCAUUUUUCCAUGUUAUGAAAUAUUUAAAAUAAUAUAUGCAGAAUAUGG